UACAGACACCAUGACGGUGGUGGUCACUCGUCAUACGAUGACGGACACAAUGACAAUCAAGACUAUGCCGAUAAUUACCCAAAAUCGUACGAAUUUGGAUAUGCGAUAAAAGAUGUUGCAACGGGUAAUGAUUUUGGUCGAAAAGAGACGAGUGAUGGUGAAACAGUUCGAGGUGAAUACAGAGUACAAUUACCUGAUGGUAGAACACAGAUUGUAACUUAUACAGCAGAUUGGAGAACUGGUUUUCAUGCAGAUGUAAGAUACGAAGGUACUGCGACUUAUCCCGAUCAGUACAACACUCAGAACAAUGGUUAUAAUAAUAAUAAUAAUAAUCAAGGCUAUGACUACCAAGGAAAUGGUAUAAAUAAUGGAUAUAACGGAGGUAAUAAUGCUAAUUAUAAUAAUAAUCAUAAUAAUAACAACUACAGACACGGAGGUAGCAACUACAAUCAAAAUAAUUUUCAAUUAGGCUCAAAUGGGUUAGAUAAUAAUUAUAACUUUGGUGAUGUUACGAGAAAUACUUACAAACCACCGGUUUAUGGGCCACCAGUUGGAUAA